AUAGUUGAACAGUGUUCUCCUUCCCAUUUACACGAACAACCAUGAAGUGCAUUCUUCUAGGUCUUGCGUUCUUUGCUGCUGGAGCUUUGGCAGCUCCUCUGGCCGGUGAGGUUGCAGUCACCUUUGAUGGUGCAAGUAUAUCCCAUGGUCGUCCUGCUUGUCAAACACCUGAGGAGCUGAGGACACGACUCUACAGGCACAACUGGGAUCCAUCCCAAUAUUGGCAAUGCGAUGAACUGAAUAAGCCAGCAGAGAUGAAGUCUUGCCCCGAAGGAGCCCUCUUCUCCGAGGAACGAAGAACGUGCGUUCCUAAACAACAGUGGAGGUGGUCUAGUCCUCAUGAUCCACCAAGUAUGGCACGAUGGAAUGGUGCUCCACCAGCUGGUGGUAUCUGUCCCGCUGAUAAUCCAUCCUGUCCACCAUGCCCAACUCCCUGCCCUCCUUGCCCAGACACAACGACAACCUGCCCUCCUUGCCCAACAACUACUACACCCUGCCCACCCUGCCCUACAACUACUACACCCUGCCCACCCUGCCCUACAACUCCCACAACUACAACAACAACAACAACCACCACAACAACCACAACUACAACGACAACCACCACUACAACCACUCCUUGUCCACCAUGCCCUACAACGACAACUCCUUGCCCUCCCUGUCCUCCUACCCCCUGUCCACCGUGCCCUGAUACCACCACAACGACCCCCUGCCCCCCGUGUCCUGAUAUCACCACAACAACUCCUUGCCCACCAUGCCCGCAGGAGAUGAUCUGCUUGGAGCACCACAUGGGACUCCAAUGGCCAGGCAGUCAAUCAAAUACCUUCAUUGUCUGCCACACAAUCAACAUGCCCGGAAUUGAGAUGGCCUGUCCAGCAGGACAGAACUUCUUCUUUGAGCAGCAAAUGUGCCUGUAAAAUCUCCCACAAUGGAGCACCGAGGACUCCCCAAGUACAAAGACCACAAAGCUUAAAUUGGACAAAGGACGCCAGCAAAAUAAUUUAUAAUUUAACGUAACCCCUUAGAGUUUCCCCGUAGAACCUCUGUAGUAGAACCUUAUUCCCCUAGUUUUCCCCCCUUUAGUCAAAUGAUAAAAUAAAGCAAAUUAAAAUU